UCGCUCUCAGGCAGACGUGUGUGGCGCAUUUCCUCUCGGUGGCCGUUGCGUGCUUCACCUGCGCCGGGCUGUUCACCUGGGUCCUUCACUGACUUUGCACUGUUCACCUGAGUGCUUCACCUGCUCUUUGCUGGUGUGGCUGAGGGCGUCUGGGGUUGCCGUUUCUCGAGGGAGGGAUUUCUCUUGCUGCGGAGGAAAAGAUUUCCUCCCGAAAUGCCUUACUACAGCGACGAGGACGAGGACCUGCAGGUCGACAUGAGCCAGUUCGAGCUGCGGCCGCGGCCCGGAGGCCCUUUGUUCUACUACGAGGAUGACGCCCCGCCGUCGUCGCCGCCGGACGACCGCCCCCCCGCCAUCCGCACAGGCAAGAGGGGGCCGCUGCCGCAGCGCUGGUCGCCGCCCCCCGAGACUAGGCAGGCGAGGCCCGCCCGGGCGUUGCGGGCUGCCUCUCCCGCCCGCCGGCGUUCCCCGUCGCCCGCGCGCCGACGCUCCCCUUCUCCUGCUUUCCGUCGAUCUCCUCCUGUCGAUCGUCGUUAUCCAUCUGCUUAUCAUCGUUCUCCCUCUCCCGCGUAUCGUCGCUCUCCGUCCCCCUCCUAUCGCCGAGCCAAUUACCAUCGCUCUCCCUCUCCGGGUUAUCGCCGCUCGCUUUCUCCUGCCUACCCUCGCCAGUCUUCACCACCUCCUUACAGCCGCUCUCCGUCGCCCCCCUACAGGAGGACGCCAGCAAGGAGUCCCAGAAGGUAUCAUGGCGACAGAUCUCCUUCCCCCUCAAGGCAUGCUCGCUCUCCUGCCCCGCUACAAUCUCCCAGCCACAGAGGCCAUCUCGACAGCCCGUUCGUAGGCCUUCCCCUGGCCCGAAUGAAAAUCACGAACGGCCAUGAGUCCCGCAGUGAGAUGCAGAAUCACAGAGAGAGAAUUCCCACCACCAGAGAACCUCCUCGACAGAACAGGCGAGCUCCCCAACGAGAUGUAGAUACCAGCAGUGACGACGCCACUUUAAGGCAGCCAAGGCCCCCCCCUCCAUCCCACAGGAGAUCGAAGCCCCAGAGUUCGCAGUACCCUUCGAAUCAGCUCAAGCCAAGUAAGUCCCCCCUGCCAACGAAAGCGGAGCCAACGACAGAGAGGCAAGGUCGACAGCCUACCCGCUCGAGGGGUCGUUCGAGGUACUCGCCGACGCCCGAUUAUGACCUUUCAGCGAUGCCCUAUGUGCCAGAUCCUGACUACUGAGAGAUUUUGAUCCGGACGAAUAUUCGAUUUCAUGAAAGUGGAUUUUGAUAUAAAUAAUCACAAUGUAUUUAGAUGAGGGUUUCUCCUUUGGUAUUCAUCAUUUGUAAAUGCAGUAAUUCAUUAUCAAGGUUCAACCCAAAAGAUUAGUGAAGAACAAUUUUUUUCCAAUAAUUGUCCAAUUAAUUGUGGUCGUGAAUUGGUUAUGGUUUGAAAUAUUCCCAUUAAAUACAAUAAUUGCAGCUUCACACAUUGAACAAUACUACAUACUAAAUUAAGUGAUGAUAUAUUGCCAUUCUAUAAAAUAUAUAUUUUAAUUACGUGCUGUCUUUUAUAACUGUGAAUAUCUUGAGUUUGUCACUUCUUAAAAAAAACAAAAUAUCAACCUUAUAUUGCAUUUGUGUCUUUUAACAGUAGAUCUUUUAACAGUAAACUAGGUUAAAACUUUUAAUUGUGAAAUAUCCUUCAAGGAUGUAACACAUAUAAGCUCACUGUAUUAUAUAACACCCUCCUUGUUAGUGAUUGGUGAUGGUUGUAAUGUAUGUCUGAAAUAUUAAUGUCAUAGUUUUAUUAUGAUUUGUAAUAAUAUACAGUAUGUUACUGAUUUUUCUGUUCAGUCUAUAGUUAUCUAGUCAUAUGAAACGAACAUAUACUGUAUUGUAUCCUGCUAUGGGUUCAGAAUAUAUACUGUACAUAACCAAACCUCUUACUGUUUUUGCAUGUAUCACUUCUUUAUCAGUCAAAGCCAUGUAUUUUUUUCAAUAAAUAAUAUUUGAAAAUUA